GUCCUUUGUAAUCUUUUGACUUGUGUUAAAAGCAAGAUUCUUUGGUUUUUAAUCCCAGGCCUGCCUAACUUAGUGGGUUUUCUUGGAAGUACGAAUAUAUUUCCUUUUACAAGCUGUAGCUGUUGUAUUCUUAGAGAUAUUUAUUUGAUGACUUGACGGUGCUUCUCUAGUAUGUUCACUCUAGGCUCUAAGACAGAAUAUGAACCCACUUCCGCGGUGACUAUCUAGAAAGGGGAAAAAAUAGAUCCAGUCCUCUUGUAGCUUCAUUCUCAUUUCAAACCAGUGAUCCCCCGCAAUCUCACUUGAAGAUCAGCCACCCUAGAUUCUCUCACCUCAAGAUUAGCCACCACCAGAUUCUCUCAGCUGGAAAUCAACCACCACCAGAUUCUCUCACCUGAAGUUCAGCCACCAUCAAAUUCUCUCACCUGAAAAUCAGCCCUCUCGCGCGAAACUGGGGUGUCAGGUCUUCAGAUGAAAUGUAGUUGUGUUUUACCGAAGAUUUACACAUAUGAUGGCAAUUAAGUAGAAAUAGGAAGGCAUGUUUUAUAUAAGGAUGGUCACGUGUAGGCCUGAGGUUUUCUUGCAGCUUCCUUUUGUUACGUUCUUGCGUUGAAGGGUGGCCCAACUUGCCCAGGAUCAAGAGCCUAUAUCUUUUGGCCCAGACUGCCUGCCGGGCCGUGGUGGCGGAUCGCCGAAUGUGGUGCCGCGAUGUAAACAACAGCAGAGGUGCCGCGAGUCGCUGCGGUGUGGUGAGGACUUGCCUCUGCGUGGCACUACUGUAUAGAACUGUUUUUGUACCAGCAGUCACUUCAGUCACCUUUAAGAAGUGAAGGACACAGGGAUGGGAGAUGAAAGAGGAUUAUUUCAGCAGCUGAUCAACAGCUUUGAAGCUUUUCUGUCAGAGGCACGAGCUGGUGGUCAAGUGGAGAAAUAUAUGUUGGAAGUGGUGGUUGGGAAGCAAGAGGUUGGAGCUGGACUGCAUUCUGCCCUUUAUACAGCUCUUGUCAGUCUUCUCCAUACCUUGCAGGAAAUUCUUGAAAAUUGCUAUGCUGAGAAGAAGCAGAAUUUGCCAUCAAGUGUGGCAUGCCCCCUGAAUUCAGGACAGUAUGAACACAGUGGGGAUGGUCUGCCUGGACUGGCUGAGUCUGGCAGUCAAGAAGAGAAAGUGGUAUGUAAAACACCAGUGACGGUCUCUCAACCACUGCACCGUCUUUCCCCACCACUCCAGCCCACCACUAAGGAGACUGAGGCAGCCAAUGUGUUGAUGAACUUGUCAGGGAAAGCAACUGACAGAGGAACCCAACCUAUUCUGGAGUCAUGUUCCACCCCCACCACUCCCAUCACUCAGGUUCUAGGUCUCAACUCUAUUCAUGUCCUCCUAUGGCUCCUGGAAGAAAGGACCUUGGUAGUAGGAGGGAACCAGCCCCCUGUGAUGAGGUGCCUCAGAUCAACGAGAAGGACUUGUUACCAUUGGCUACUCAGGUUCUGUGUCAGUUUUGUUCCCGUCAGUGUGAAGACCUAGUGGAGCUGCAUGAGCAUGUUUUAUCAGCCCACCAUGCUGCUGAGGCUGAUGCUUCCCUUACUGUGCCCCAAAGGAAAGCCCAGAUCUCCUUCAGGGCAGAAGAAGAGGAAAAUGGAGUAGCUCCUGUGGAAGAGCAGGAGCAGAGACAGGAGCCAGCUGACUCUGACACAACCAUGAUAGUACUGUUUCCACAACCUAGCACUAGCCACAGUCAAGUAGAAAAGAAGUCAAAGAGGACCAACAAGUUAAAAAGAGGAGCUUGUGAAUUAAGUAAUGAAGGAAUCACUACUGGGGAAAGUUCUCAGCAAGAGGAGGAUUGUGUGGAGGAUUGGCAAUCCAGUGUGGUAGGUGAUAGUUCAGAAACAUCCCAUUCCCAGCCUGACCUCCCACCUCCAACCCUUUCCACCAAUAACCUUUGUGACAAGGACCAAGAUUGGUUGAAGGGGCAAGCAGGGCCGUAGUGUAACUGAAUUGACCCCUGUAGCCAGUGGAGAUGCACUUGCAAUGGCAGUAGAAUCAUCACAGAUACGGGUAUUAGAAACCAAAGUCACCAUCCAAGUGUGCCUUGACUGCAGCUCUGGAUUCACUGAUCCUCAGGAGUAUACAGGCCAUGUGUGUGCAGCCAACCGACCCCUGGUUUAUCAUGGGUCUGAUGGCUCUGUGACUUUGGCUGAUGUACCUGCAGGCACCACAGCUCAUCAGUUGCAGACAUCUGACAUGAGGCUUUUCCCAGAAUUUUUUGUCCAGCAAACUGUUGAAAGUGGAGUUCGAGGUUUGCAAGUGGUGCAUCUCUCAGGCCGUACAUUGCGGCUGCACACUAACUGCCCUCUGUCCUACCUGGGAGAUCAGCUGAUUUCCUUCAAGUGUCCUACAUGUGAAAAUGAUAGUGACAGCCUCACACGCUUCCUGGACCACCUGACAGCUGGCCCAUGCAUGUUCCGGUGCCCUGACUGCCAGCUGGUGUACAUCUCACUGGACAAACUCAAAAAGCACCGUGCCUCCCUUCACCCAUCACUUGAGGACCGCACAUGUCCCAACUGCCACCAUGUCUUUGAGAAGCGACACCAGCGUAACAAACACCUCAAAACCAAGUGCUCCCAGCGCCAUGAGUGUGUGGUAUGCAACCGGCUGCUCAAGAAUGAAUACAGUCUUAGAGUUCACAUGCAGUCCCAUGAGGAGGAACGUAAGCAUGUGUGUAAAGACUGUGGAGCUGCCUUCCACCGCCAGGCUAUCUUAACAAGGCAUAAAAUGCGGCAUACAGGCACAAAACCGCAUGCCUGCCCUCAGUGUGACUCCCACUUCUACACUCGCCAGCACCUUCGCACACAUCUUGACCGCCACAAUGGGCUGCGGCGAUUUCCAUGCAACACCUGCAACAAGGCCUACUACUCUAAGCAUGAUCGUGACACCCACUACUCCAAGGUCCACUGCAAGACCCACCCUGCCCUCAAGGCUCAACCUGCACCAGAGGUUAGAUCAGAACAUGUCACUGAAUAAUGAUGGGUAGUUUCUAUAGCUUUGAAAAUUUGAUUCUGCUUUACAUGCCAUUUUCCACUUAUUGUUAAUGAUCCUGUACAAGCAGAGAUAUGGCAGGGAAGUGUAAACAAGAUUAUAGUAUUAUCUUUUGAGAUAGAUGAAAGGGGAAUUGCACCAUGUUCUAUGACAGACUGUUUUCAGUUUCUCACUCCCUGCUGAAGUUUUAGUAUCUCUUGCUGUCAUCUACAGUUUUUUUUCCAGUUACUGUUCUGAAGUCAUUAACUGCAUACCUCUUCCCCUUCCAAGAAUUUUGAGGCACAAGAGUUUUUACUUAUUCUCUUUCCCAUUCUAUCUAUCUUACUGAUGCCACAGUUAACCUGUAUACCCACUCUCACCCCUUUCAUUGGUAAACUCAAAUUCUGUAUCAAUUUCUGUUUUUUCCUCCCUACACUCUGAAGUAUUUCAAAAGAGGAGUAUGAAAAACACUUCUGGAACUAAAUAAGCCAACUUUUUUGGAAACUUUUCUAUGACUAGCUUUUUUGGGAGUGGCAAAAUGUAAAGGUAAAAUUAGGGGCAUAUGUUGUAGCCAUGUGUGGCCUUGGUACUCCAUCUUUGUCUCAUUGGCCUUUGAGUUUGUGGUGGGUAAUAUCCCCUGCCCUGAAACACAGGGCUGCUGCCACAUCUGGGUUUCCACAGUAUAUAUUCCUUUGGUUUCCCAAGGUGCCCAUUUAUUGACCAACCUUAAGGAAGGUUAAACAGCAGGGUAUGUUGUGUGCUAGCCACCCCAGCUUGGAUUUAAGCUGGAGCCUGCCAAUUUAUAACCAAGUGCACUAGCCACUGCACCACUGUGGUGCAUAAUGGCAAGAUGAAUAGACUUAUUUUUCCCACAUUUUACAUCCUUGGCCUGCCUCCUUGAUAUAAAGAAAAGUCUCUUGAUGUAUUUCUAGCACUAUAUACCUUAGGCACAAGUUAAAUUGGGAAUGGUAGAGGGGAUAUAGAUCUAGAGGUAAGAUAAGCAAUUUCUAGUGUCAAAAUGCUGGAAGUUAAGAGGUUAACAUUCCUGUUAUAGCUCCUACCAUUGCAGCAUGCAAAGUGUAGUGCAGGUGUUGUGGAGGGAUAACAGCUUUCUCUUGUGAAAGGUGUACAUGUGUUAAAGGAUGGUAAGUUUGUGGUACAAGUUGGUUGUGUGUGUGUGUGUGUGUGUGUGUGUGUGUGUGUGUGUGUGUGUGUGUGUGUGUGUGUGUGUGUUUAUCCCAUAUUACUGAUAGUUUACUCAGAAACCUGUAUUCAUUGUCUUAUAUUGUUUGUAUGUACUUAAGUACAUAACAACUUUAAAUAGUCAUAACUUUUAGUUUUAUACAUUUAUUUAAUUUGUAAGUCUUGCCUAUACCUGCAUGUUCCAGGAGUUGGCGACUAAAGGUGCUAUUCCUCUGUACAAAGUGUACCUGAUAAAGGUUCUUCACUUGUA